ACUAUGAAACCGCACUUACAUUUUCAAGCAAUUUGACCAUGAUCACCUCCCAGUGCUCAAACACAUCAAAAGAUCUGACAACCACAGCACCUGAGGAAAGCCCUUCAGUUUCAGGUUGUGAAAAAGUGGCAGGUUCCUCCAUGUGGAUAUAUGUAUUCCUCGGAAAUCUUUUGCGGGGGAUUGGUGAAACACCGACUGGACCGCUGGGCAUAUCAUAUCUUGAUGAUUUUGCCACACAGGAAAAUGCUUCUUUCUAUAUAGGAAUUUUGUAUACGGUGGCCCUGAUAGGCCCAUUGUUUGGAUAUUUAUUGGGAUCGUUUUGUGCCAAGCUGUUUGUUGACAUUGGAUUUGUUGACUUAGAGAGAGUUACAAUCACGUCAAAGGAUGCAAGAUGGGUCGGUGCCUGGUGGCUUGGGUUUCUAAUUGCCGGCACAUUUUCGCUCCUUUUUUCCAUACCAUUCUGGUUCUUUCCAAAGUCUAUACCCAGAGAGACAAGUAAAAAGGAACUUGGCAAAGCCUCUGAAAAGAUGGAUUUCCUCAAACUGGAUCAAAGUGAACCUGCAAGGAACGUUCCGAAACCAAAAAUUUCACAAGUGGAUCAGGGCUUCUUUUCAUCAUUGAAAGCACUGUUCUCAAACAGCUGCUUCGUCCUGUACUUGGUGUCAGUAGUCAUGCAUAUGAAUUCUCUAAUUGGCAUGUUGACCUUUAAACCCAAGUUCAUUGAGCAGCAGUAUGGACAGUCGGCAUCGAGAUCCAACUUCCUCAUCGGUCUCAUAAAUAUCCCUGCAGUGUGCCUUGGAUUUUUCUUGGGAGGAUUUGUGAUGAAAAAGUUCAAAUUGAAUAUUGUUCAAGCAGCGAAGUUAGUCCUUGGAAGUGGCCUUCUGGGUUGGUUAAUGACGCUUUUGUUUUUUGCAAUGGGCUGUGAGAACUCUCAAGUGGCUGGUUUAACUGUCUCUUAUGAGGGCUCUGCACAGGUCUCCUACGAGGGAAGUGGCCUGAAUCAUGAUUGUAAUACCGGCUGCUUCUGCUCACUGACACAGUGGGAGCCCGUUUGUGCUGGAAAUGGUGUCACGUUUGUUUCACCCUGCCUCGCUGGUUGCACAACGUCUACCGGAACAGGGAAGAAUACGGUUUUCCACAACUGCAGCUGCAUUUCUCCAUUGACUGCUGGGAAUUCCUCCAGCCACCUGGGGCAGUGCGCAAGGGGAGAUGAUUGUGAAAAAUCUUUCCGCUACUUCAUGGCUGUCACUGUGCUCACAGCUUUAACUUUUAGUUUUGGAGCAGUUCCUAGUUUCAUGAUAUUACUCAGGUGCAACAAGCCAGAGCUGAAACCAUUGGCAAUAGGUGUACACACCCUGAUAGCAAGAACACUUGCUGGAAUUCCUGCUCCUAUUUACUUUGGAGCUUUGAUUGACAAAACCUGCCUGAAAUGGGGAAUCAGCAGAUGUGGGGGACGAGGGGCCUGUAGGAUCUACAACUCUGAUGCUUUCAGGCAUAUCUUUCUGGGCUUACGAGUGUCAAUGCGUGGAGUUGGCCUGCUGGUGUUUUUUAUUAUCUUACUGCAAUUGAAAAAACAGUUUCUGGCUAAGAUCCCAAACCCAGAGACUAAGUGUGGCACUGAAAUGAUGUCCCAACAGGACAAGGACCAAAUGUCUGACAAUGGAGACCUCACAGUCAAAACAGCCAACAGUGACCCAGACAAAGAAUCAAAUGCUUGAGAAAGAACUUUAUUACCAUGUGUAAAGAGAAAGUCAGAGUAUUGUCAAUUUUUGAGUCAAACAUUUUAAGAAAGCAAAUUUUUUUUAAAAUUAAAAUCUAAGAACCAUGAUUUUUGAAAAGAAUUUGCCUAGAUUUAUAUUAAAUUGUCAACUAGCUGUGCUUUUAAAUAAAUGUCUGAGGAGGGAAUAAAGUUGUUUAAGAGACCAA